GGACCCCGAGUGCCAGUACACCGUUCGCGACCUCUUCCACAGGGCCCGCCGCCCGGAGAGGGUCUUCGUGGGGGUGUGCUGGCAGGCCGACAAGGUGGAGGACGCGAGCUGCUUCCUGCUCGACCCGCCCGACCAGCACGCGGCCCAGGUGAGGACGCUGCUGCUGCACCACAGCGAG